AUGGAGGCAUUCGAUAGGUUGCCCAACACCGUCGGACAGCAACCGCAAAUCCAACAGAUUGUCGUUCGUUUGGCCCCUAAGAGGCAGCCAAACCCGAAAUCCCCGGAUUCCUACGAAAUUCCCCCAGAUAGCCCACUAAGAAGCGUGCGGGAAGCGCGAGGUAGACCGGUAACUUUGGCGUCGAAAGCAUCAAACAAACCUCGCUUGGUCGACCGCUUGAAGCAGCAGGCGGAGGAGCAUGAUGAGCCGACUGGCAGUGAGAAGUCGGAUAGUCAGGUCAGCUGGGGUGAGCCUGUUGUGUUGAGCCAGACGAGCGAAACAUCUGCGGUUGCAUCGCCGGCGUCGCCACAGUCACCAGGUGCGCGCCGGUUGCAGAAGUCCACCAAAACUAGGACAACCUUUGCCCGCUCUACCAGUGGAUUGAAAAGAGUAUAUGGACAAGAUAGAAUUACGCUACUUGAAGAGGAGGAUCCUUAUGCCGCCAUCGGAAUGGCGGAGGACCUGCCACCAGUAAGCAAGGGCAGAAGCCUGGAAUUGGUAACCCACAAGGCCAAGUCAAGCCUGAAUCUCGAAGACGACCCGGUUGAAAGCGGUUCUCCCGGCAAAGCAAGGAUCCGCGACAUUCAUGAGCUGCGCCAGGCCGGCGCCAACAGUCGGGCCGCUGAUGAAAUGCAUGACUUUUCGAUUCAGAUAGGAUCGCCAGGGUCGAAGCCAUCAUCUUCGCGCAGAGCCGCCCUGCUUCAAAUAUCUGAUAAAGUACGUGAGAAAGAGUUUCGCAGGCUCCUUCGUGACCACGGCGUUGACGCCAUGGUGCUCAAGGAUGCUGGAAAGGAAUCAGACAUUAUAUCGGGCUAUCUGAUCGCGGCAAUCUUGGUUCAUCUUCUAGCUACGUCUCCUUCAGCGCACAUUGCCCGACUCCUUCGUGCUGAAGAGGUUGGAAGCCUGUUUGGCCGUCUGCUUGGCGUGGAUCAUGAUAUGAAGAAGAUAGCUCGGGAGCGGAAAACCAAUCUCUCCAAACGUAGCCAAGCUUCGCUUGCUGCUAUACAGACCGCCCUUAUGGAACUUCCUAUCUGGAAUGCCUCGAAACCUACCAAUGUGUCCCCAAGAAAGGUCACACUGGCAUGCCUAAACCUCCUAGUCGCUGAGGAUGUCACCUUGGCUGGCGACUUGGCGAUCUUCCCGUCAAGCGUUACGGAUCAGCUGUUCACAUUCUUAUCUGUUGCACGGAAUGACGACUUUUGGGACAGUACCGACGUCUCCUCCGAGGGGUUCGAUGCCCGCUACGCUGGAUCAGUACUUGAACUCCAUGCACUGAAAUCCAUGGAGUCUCAAGUUGAUAGUGACAAGUGGAUGACGGACUAUAUCCCAACCGUGGCGGACGCAUUCGGUGCCACAUUGCAGAAGCCUGCAGCAAGCAACAGCAAGCUCGAGCAUUCAUUGUUGAAGCUUGUGGUAGACAUGACCAAUUUCAAUCCCAACGCCCUCGAAGUUUUCGUUUCACGGAACAUCCUGCCUGCUUUAGCAAGGUCGGUCUGCGGCAGCUUUGCUCAGGCCCUAGCUUUGGUAUUAGAAGACGAAUGGACUAGCGAGGUCAGUGACCGGCUUGUCCUCAAGCUUGCUGCCUUGAUCAAUUUUGUUGAACAGAGCAUGCCAGCUCGGCGCGCGUUCUACGAAUCGCAUAGUGAGAGCAAUUCCCCUAUGAGGGAACUGAUCCGAAUUUUCUUAGACAAUCACCGCGCACUAGCCGAGGCUGAUUCGGAAGCGAAAGGUCACCUGAAUGUGGCAUUCGGAUACCUCUCGGUGUUUCUAGGGUAUUUGUCACUAUACCCUCCAGUCCGCCAAGUGUUCCGAUCGAGUCACCGGGCUAAGAACUUGAGACCAAUGCUCGACUCCAUCCAAGAAUUCACCAAUGUCCACAGAACUGCCGGAGUGCAUGCUGGCUAUGCGGAAAGAUUGCAAGAUCUCGUGGACAAACUGGAAAAUGAUUCGACUUACGACUAG